AUGGCGGUCAUGGUUGGCGACCGACGAGCCGUCAAGAAGUUUAUCAAUGGGAGCGGUGAUCUUGAUGAGAAAGAUGACGACGGGGCAACGGCGUUGUUCCAUGCAGCCUUUUGGACCCACGUGGAGAUUGCGAAGGACCUGAUCUCCGCCGGAGCCAACCUGUACGCCAAGAGAAACGAUGGGUUCACCGCUCUCCACGUGGCUGCUAAGAACAAUCAACCUCGCAUUACCGAAGUUUUGGUCGACGCAAUGGACGAUGUGGACUUACAGGAGGAGUUCGGCGACACCGCUCUUCAUUGCGCAUACCGCAGUAAAGCUACCGAGUGCAUCGAGAUACUUCUCGCAGGGGGCGCCAGCUCGGAGGUUCUCAAUCAUAUGGGGCAAACCCCUAGGCAGUGCGAGGGGACAGGGGUGGACAGGCAACCCGACGGGGAAAACUUUGACGAUGACGAUGAUGACGACGGUCCUCGUGGAUCGGGGGCAGUUUCAGAAGCCCCAAGCGCUGGUGAUGAAAGCACGGUUGUGGGCGAUCCCGGAGUUCAAGACCGAGACGCUGGGUUUUCCUCCGGAAAGAGUCCAAACAGGCCGCACGACGAAAGAUCCGCGGCCGCGAGUAGCAGUCCGAGGACGAGUCGCAACCGUUCCGGUGCGCACGCGGGCGACACUGGGCGGGCAAAGGAGAAUGUGGAUGCAGCGUCUACGAGGGCCCACUUUCGCGCCGCGUACCGGCCAACCAUCAGGGGUGGGGGAAAGUGGCACCCGAUGACAGCGUACCUUUUCGAGCCUUCGGCACACAGCGCGGUACGCAACGCGCACCAAGCUCGCAUCGACGGUGACCAGCACCACCCCUUCGUGGAUUCAGACAACGGCAACGCCGUCGAGGAUUGCGACAAGACCAUCCCUCCGGGCACCCAAGUUGUGGUCCGACCUAGAUUCCCGCGGACCUGCUGCGUUAGCCCUGUGAACUCCACGGUGGUGUGGAUGAAGGACGUCCACGCCGUCCCUUUCGAGGUGCGCCCGCCGGCGUCUACCAGCAGCGGUACCAUCUCCGGCUACGUGGACUUCUACAUCGGGGCGGUGCUGAUAGGCCAGGCCCACGUCGAAAUGUCCGUAGUGAAGCCGAACGACAGCAGCGGCGCCGCGGACAAGCCUGAUGUUCUUGGCCCAGUCGCGAAGGCGUUCGACACGAUGUACGUCUGCUUCGCUGCGGCCGACAAGCCGCUGCUGAUACCAUCCCUAGAAUGGUUCAACCGCUUGGGAAUCUUUAACAUCGUUUGGCGGCCAGAAGAUGGAAACGAGAAGGAUACGAAACGCCUAAUACGAGAAUCGUCCAUCUUCCAGAUAUGCUGGUCGAUGUCUGCGAAGGAGAGUGACCGCGUCCGGCACGAGGUCAAAUACGCGAGCUCACUGGCCAAGGCCGGAUCGUUGGCCGUCCGAGGCAUCUACUGGGACUCCACCAUGGAUGUGACUUCCAUACAAACGGCGCACGGGCUGAUGUUUCCCGUCCGGAUGCACAACUCGUUCCUGCUGGAGGAAGCCUGUGCUUUUCUCCUAGACCGGGCGGCGGACACGGCGUCUUCGACACCGGAAACCGCCACGGGGGCUCUGGCUGGCGGAGGGCAAAGCGCACGGGUGGAGGAUGACGGAGACCACAAUGAUGGUGCAGUGGCGGUGCCCAACGUGGAGAAGCUGAACACGGCGGCGGUCCAGCAUACGCGCGGGCACGUUUCCAGGCUGCGUGAUAUGGUCGGUGGCGCAAAUGAGGUGGAUUGUCCACGUCUGGCGUGGAUCUACCCGGACGAUAGCGGCAAGCCACGCAGCGUCGACAUCACGACAGACGAGUGGCUAAAGAAGCCGAUAAGACUGGUCUUUUUGUGCCCGAUUUCCAUGAAGCCUGGCUGGUGUGGCCAGGAUGGCAGGGGGUACAAGAUAAGUUUGCCUCGCGGGUGGGGCUCCAAGAUCGGCAUGGCCCUGAAGAUCGGGGUGGUGGUUGUAGCGGCCGCAUCCGACGCGGAUGAAGUUGCCGGUCUACCCCUGCCACCGGUAUCAGCCGUUUCCUCGUGGGGGGAGGAUGGUGAAGGAGGAAAAUCCUUGACCCAAAUGCAGGGGGACCUGGUAAACGCGGCCUUCGACGGACUCGCCGGCGCCGUGCCCGACAAGUGGAAUGACCUCAUCGACUCGACCUUCAUGGACGCCGAAACCGAGACAUCAGCCCGUCCCGCAACGGCGCAGCUGUGCAAAGAAGUGAAACAGUCGUACAAGAACCUGAGCUCCUUGCUUCAUCAGAAAUACGACAAAGUUUGCAAGGUUAAGAUUUAUACGGGGACUGGUGGAUCUUCCUGUGAAUGCUUAAAAGUCUAG